GAGUUGUUGAUUUCUGAGGGGCGGCCACUCCGACACAUAACGUGACGACGUCUGACCGAACGUUCGCAGGAUGGCCGCGAGUGGGUGUAAAGGACGACUUUUAUCUUUUUUGGACUACAAAACGGAAAAAUACAUCGUGGCCAAAAAUAAAAAAGUUGGGAUGUACAGACUCAUCCAGUUAUUUAUCAUCGGUUACAUUAUAGGGUGGGUUUUCUUAAGCAAGAAGGGCUACCAGGAGAAAGACGAGGCCAUCCAGAGCAUAGUGAUCACUAAACUAAAGGGGGUCUCAGUGACCAACACCACCGAGUCGGGUUUGCUGAUCUGGGGGCCAGAAGACUAUGUCAUCCCACCGCAGGGUGAAGCUGUUCUUUUUGUUGUCACUAAUUUCCUCGAGACCCCCAAUCAGAAGCUGGGAUACUGUGCUGAGAGCCCCAAGGUGCUGGAUGGACUCUGUCAGGAAGACAAGGAUUGCGAAGAGGACAAGCUUGUGGUGUCUGGCCAUGGAAUCAUGAGUGGACGAUGCUUACGCAAGGAUGAAAACUCUACUGGAACCUGUGAAAUUUUUGGCUGGUGUCCUGUUGAAAGAAAGUAUCAACGGCAGUCGCUGCUGUCGAGCGCCGAAAACUUCACCAUCUACAUCAAGAAUUUCAUCCAAUUUCCCAAAUUCAAAUUUUCAAAGUCCAACAUUCUGGAGACAACUGAUGUGUCCUACCUGAAAUGCAGAUAUGAUGAAAAGCUCCAUCCUUACUGCCCCAUCUUUCGCCUGGGAGACAUCACCGCGCGAGCAGGAUACAGUUUCACUGACAUGGCAACAUUUGGUGGCUCCAUCGGCAUCCAGAUCCAGUGGGACUGUGACCUUGACAAGGGUUACUCCGAGUGUCACCCGCAGUACCAAUUUAGCCGCCAGGACAUCGCCGCCUCCAACAAGAACAUUGCAAUGGGAUUCAACUUUAGACACACUCGCUAUUAUAAAAACUCAGCAGGUGUGAGUUAUCGAUCGCUAUACAAAGUCUAUGGAAUUCGAUUUAACAUCAUGGUGAAUGGGAGGGCUGGAAUGUUCAAUAUCGUCCCUACAGCCAUCAGUGUCGGUUCAGGGUUAGCUUUAAUGGGCGCGGGAGUGUUCUUGUGUGACAUGAUCCUACUCUACAUCAUGAAGAAUGGCACCGCUUAUCGCGAGAGAAAGUUUGAAGGCUCCCAGCAGUCAGCAGCCGAAGCCAGCCACGAGAAAACAAGUCUGGCAUCUUAGUACUUUAAUUUUGAUUUUGUACCGUUUUGAAUGUAUAACAAACGUGAAACUUUUCUUAUUAAUAUCAAGAAGUAUUCAUUAUUUCUCCUAAUAAAACAGUCAAACUUUUACAAAUAAAACUGUCAUGUAGUGAAAUAUUAGUAUAUGAGUCACACAUAAAGUGGGUUACAGUACAUACAUACUUUUUAUGUUAAGAUGAUCAGCCCUCCAGUGCCACCUGUUGGUCACAAACAGAAUAACUUUUUCAGUGGACUGUAUCGCGCUUGUGAAACUGAAAUCUACACAACUGAGGAGAAGCAGGUGCAAUUUAUGCCAAGCAGGUAUGGUAUUGUAUACCAAGAUACCAACACAGGAUUAACGUCAGUGUGAAGUAACAACCGCAAUGUAAUAUGUCUAUGUUUAUUGAAUUCAGAAGUUUACUCAGGACACUUCCAUAGUAACCGUGUCACUCUCAUGGUCAAGAUCUAUUCAUGCCCAUAAAUGACCUCAGAUGACAUACUAACUGA